CGGUUGCACCUUAUGAAAACGGGCCCUACCUCGCGGUGAGGCUCAGAGAGCGUGCGUGGUCGCGAUGGCGUGCCCGUCUGCCGUGCUGCAACUGCUGCUUCUGCUGGCCGCCGGUGCGGCAUGGGCGGCCGACGACCAGCAGGUGUACACCUGCAACGCCACGCAGCUCUUGUCUCCCGAACUCGUCGCAGAGAUACGCAGUUACGCGCCGGUAGUGCAGAGCAUCAUCGACUACGUGCUCCGGGGCCCCGAGCGCAACCGCACCUAUGAAGAACUGGCCAAAUUUGUCGACCGAUUCGGCGCCCGCAUCUCGGGAUCGCGCAACCUGGAGAACGCCAUCGACUACAUGGUGGAGCUCUUGGGCCGCCAGGAACUGGACCGCGUGUACACGGAGCGCGUGGCCGUGCCGCACUGGGUGCGUGGAAACGAGUCGGCCUGGAUAGUGCGGCCGCGUAUGCAAAAGCUCAACAUGCUGGGCCUGGGUGGAAGCGUGGGUACGUCGCCCAACGGAAUCACUGCACCUAUUCUGGUAGUCAGAUCAUUCGAGGAGCUCCAGUCCAACGCCUCAAAGGCCCGUGGAAAGGUGGUGGUGUUCGACGAGGAGUUCGUAAGCUACGGGCGCACCGUGGAGUACCGCGAGAACGGCGCCGCCGCGGCCGAGCGUGCGGGCGCCGUUGCCGCGCUGGUGCGCUCGGUGACGCCCUUCUCUAUCGGGAGCCCGCACACGGGCUGGAUGAACUACGAGCGCGGCGAGCCCCGUAUUCCCUGCGCCUCCAUCACCGUCGAGGACGCGCAGCUGCUCCGAAGGCUCCAGGACCGAGGUAUAGAGGUUCAUGUUCACUUAAUAAUGGAUGCACAAAACCUUCCACUGACCACGUCACGGAACACCAUAGCUGAACUCAAAGGCACAACCAUGCCCGACGAGGUGGUUCUCGUGAGCGGUCACCUGGACUCGUGGGACGUGGGCCAAGGCGCCAUGGACGACGGCGGCGGCGCCUUCAUCUCGUGGCGGGCUCUAGCGCUUCUGCGGAGGCUGGGCCUUCGGCCGCGGCGUACGCUGCGUGCCUUGCUGUGGACAGGCGAAGAGGAAGGCGUGUGGGGCGGCCGCGCCUACUACGAACGCCACGGCGGCCGGCCCGAGGCACGUCGCCUGCUCAACCUUGUCAUGGAGUCCGACCUGGGCACAUUCCGGCCGCUGGGGCUCAGGCUGGCCGCCACCGACCCGCGCGCGCGCUGCAUGGCCGCGCAGGUGCUGCGCCUGUUCGGCUCAAUCAACGCGACGCAACUGACAUUGGGGCCCGACGGGCCGGAUAUCCAGCCCUGGGUGGACGCCGGCGUGCCGGGCGCCUCGCUGGACACGGCCAACAAAGAGUACUUCUACUUCCACCAUACGGACGGCGACUCCAUGACCGUCGAAGACCCGACCAACCUGGACUUGUGUACUGCCUUGUGGGCGGCUUCCGCCUUCGUCUUCGCCGACCUGAGCGAGCGCCUGCCGCGGCCGUAGCAAUGCGGUGGCGACAAGGACUGAAGUCCUGCGGGACACUGUCCGCGUUCACGUCAAUGAUGGCGCGUUCACAUCUUAUCGGUUUAUUAAUCGACACAGAAAGUUGAGUAAUCAAUGUUUUAAACUUUGUCAGACGGCGUUUCAGCAAAAAUGAUCUGUUUAUAAGUUAGUUAAAUGUCUGACGAGAUUCCUACACCGAAUAUAAAGGUAUUGUCUUCGAAUUAAGCUUCACAACAUGUCAUUUAUUUAUACAUUCUUACACGGUGAAAAUACACCGCAAUCACGUGCGUAUAUGCAGACGAUUUAGGCUAUGCAUAUACUUUACAAAAUAUGUGAGCCUAGCAAACGUGGCGUUGAUGCAUCCAAGUUAAAGGGUGAGGCGGAUAAGCUUUACCGCACAUAAGCAAGUGCGUGAAGAAAAAUUUACAAAAUAAUGUUAAUUGAUCGCUUAAUAAAAACCUUGGAGGCAGGUGCUUAUCUGGCACAUUUGGAGACUGUCAUAUUUCAAUGCACACGUAUCCUGAAAAUCACCUAAUUCGAAGUCUCAUCGCCGAAUUUCGACGGUCAGUCCAGGCAGUAUCGAAACCGAGGGCAGAGGGAAACGCUUCAUGACGAAGUUUCAAAAAUAUUAUGUUGCGAAAAACGUACGUAUACAUGCCGUAUCUGCUAUAGAACUCGCCGCGAAGUUUAUUUUGCAAUAACGUGUCACAUAGUGACGGACUAGGCGACUAUUGACGUAAUAUGCUAUAGGUACACGAAAACUUGUCUUCCAAUGUCAGCUAUUUAUACCUUCUUGCCAGCCGAUAUAUCUGUCCAAGUACGUUUCAUUUACUGAUCUGUUUUUUGUUUUUUUCUGUAGAGGAAUAAACAAUACUGACGUGCUA